CAAAACAUCGACGGAAUGGGGAUUGUGGGUUUGGAAGAGAGGGAGAACAUCGAAUUGCAGGAGUUCUGCCGUAUGCUGAUGGCUUCCGCCGGCCUCCACCGCAGAAAAGACGGCCGCCAGCAGCCCAACAACAAGCGUUUCGACUUGAGGGGUGACGAUGAAGAAGACAUGUUGGUGUGUGUCACUAGCGGCGUUUCUUUCUUAGGACUUGCCCUCGUCGAUCGUCUCCUCCGCCGUGGCUACUCCGUCCGCCUCGUCGUUGACAACCAAGAAGAUGUAGAAAAAUUGAGGGAGAUGAGGACAGGCGGUAGCACCGAUGACCGCAUUUCUGCAGUUAUGGCGAAGCUAACCGACGACGACGAUGUUGAAAGCUUGUCCCAUGCAUUCGAUGGCUGUCGUGGCGUUUUCCACACCUCUGCAUUUGUCGACCCCGCUGGCCUCUCUGGCUACACUAAAUCCAUGGCUGAGAUAGAAGUGAAGGCGAGUGAGAACGUGAUGAAGGCAUGUGCAGUGACACCAUCUGUGAGAAAAUGUGUCCUCACUUCUUCACUUCUAGCCUGCGUAUGGCAAGACAGCACCCGCAACGACCUCUCCCCUGUAAUGAACCAUGACUCCUGGAGCACUGAGUCACUCUGCAUUGACAAAAAGCUUUGGUAUGCCCUGGGGAAGCUGAGGGCAGAGAAAGCUGCAUGGAAAAUAGCUGAGGAAAAGGGGGUGAAGUUGGCCACCAUCUGCCCAGCUCUUAUCACUGGCCCUGAAAUUUCCACUAGAAAUCCAACAGCAACACUUGCAUAUCUCAAAGGAGCACAACAAAUGUACCAAAGUGGUGUGCUAGCCACAGUCGAUAUAACAAGACUGGCAGAGGCACAUGUAGGCGUGUUUGAGGCAAUGAACAAGGCAGCGUUUGGGAGAUACAUUUGCUUCGAUCAAGUCGUUGACGGAGAAGAAGAGGCCGAGAAGUUAGCAGAAGCGACGAGCAUGUUGAAGAACAAGUUCGUGGGCAAUGGGGGCUCUAAUAUUGUCCAGAAUCGAUUCGAAUUGUCGAACAGAAAGCUUACAAAUCUUUUGUCCGGAAGAGUACAUUGCUGCUAUAGUUCAUAAAAAAAACUCCGGGAUUUCAAUUAGGGUUCUACCCAGUUGUUAUAUUUCCCAGUGUGUAAAAUGUUGAGCAAUGCAAGUGAGAAAGUUUUGGAACA